AAGACAACCAACGACUGAGCGAGGUGCAUGUCAAUUAUUGCCACCAUCCUGGUCUGAACACUCAGGGAUGGCUCAAGCCAAAACCGCUGCGACAGCAGCGCUCACCACCCUCCACGUUGUCGACGCCCCGCCUGCGUUCGUCACCGAGGCGUGGGAUCAUGCCCUCGUUGACCUCUCGGAUCUUUCCGAGCCACUGCCCAUUGAAGAAGAUGUGCACAGCGUCGUGGAAGCCCUCAAGCAACUCGCAAACUCGAUUGCAGCCUGGCAAGGGGAAGAAGACGCCUCUGACACGUUCUGGAUUUUCCUGGCGGAGCAGAGCUGCAGCGUGCGUGCUCUCGUUGCCGUUCUUGCCUUCCACAUUGACGCCAAGGAUGGCGCUGAGCUAGCGGCUGCGAGCGUGUACCUGCGGCUGCUUCUCCUUCCCGGUGCAUCCGCCCACAAGACAUACACACCCAUGCUCUGCCGCCGCGCCUGCCAGGCCGUUCAAGCCGCAAUCCCAACAGUGUCGCGAUCAACGGGCAGCAGCGCCAAGACGGCGGGUGCUGCUGCUGACGAGGACGUGCGCGUGGCGCUGGCUGUUCUUGCUCGCGUUGCUGCCAGUCCCAUCUUCCCGUCCAUUGCAGACAGCACCGACAUCGUCGUCGAGGUGCUUGCGCAGGCGUCACGCACGUCGGCGCCGACCACCGCCGCCUUGACGCGUGAUCAACUCACUGCUGUUGAUGACAUCGCGACUGCAGGCAGCAUCUCCGCCAUUGCUUUCGCCGGCCUGUAUGCGCUGUGCACGAGGUCUGAUAUGAGAGACGCCACACGCCUCGUCUUCAAGAAUCUGCUCCAAACCCUCAACAUGUCUUGGACAAGCGGUGCAGCUGCACAUACGACAAUGGCAUCAUCAUCAUCCUCGUCGUCGUCGUCGUCGUUCACGCAGGCCCAGCUCCGUGUCCGCAACCUUGCCCUCUCGUUUCUGGACGUUCUGUCAACAUCGCCGGAUGCUGUGGAUGUGUGCAAGUAUCUCCGCAUCAUGGGCCAACACCUCUGCACGACUGUUGCCGAUCGCGCUGCACACCGCGAGCAGGGCGCACAGGCGUUUGUGCAUGUGUUGCGCCUGCUGCCUGUGCGCGAGGGUCUGUCCCUUGCGUCGUGGCUGCACCACUUUUCCCGCAGCAGCAAGACGGCCCACCGCACGCUGGCCAUUGAAUACGUCGCACAUGUCCUCAUCGACACUGCGUUCUGGACGGCGGUGACGAGCAAGGAGGCACUGACCAACACAGCGAACACAACAGCAGCAGCAAAGGCCAGCAGCGGCAGCGAUACUUCGUUCUCGCCGGCGUCCACACCUGUGAAGAGCCCAUCACAGCAGUCGUCAUCAUCAUCGUCACCAUCACUCUCAUCGUCGUCCGCUGACGUGCAGCGCAAGCUCGUGCAGCUCAUCUUCCUGCGGUGCAGCGACAAGGCGGUGAAUGUGCGCGUGCGUGCACUCCGCAGCCUGCGCGACAUUGCUGCGGCCGCAGCUAUGGCCACCGAUGGCCACGAUGGCAGCGACGUGAAUGGCAGCAGCGGUAUUGCCCGCCUGAAGGAAGUGAUCUUGCAGCUGUAUCGCGAGGCCUCCAUCCAGGACCUGGCGGCCACUGCAAGCAGCGCACUGCUCUCCGCCGCAUCCUCGUCUCCUGUGCCGCCACCAUCGUCGUCGCUGUUGUCGUCGCACUCCACCACGGACAAUGGCAGUGCAGAGAACACGCACCCGACGCAGACACCGGCGCGCGGCAAGAAAGGCAGCCAGCAGCAGGACACGUUGUCGCACAUGCUGCUGCGCCGCCUUGCUGACAGCAAAGGCGCCGUGCGCAAAGUAGCUGUUGCUGCAGCAGAGGCCAUUCUCCUCCUCCUCGACUCUCUCACCGCGCAUGAGAUUGAGUCGCUGACGGGGCGGUGCCGGGAUCCUGUGCUCUCUGUGCGGCGCCAGGCCCUCGAGUCUGCACACCGCGUCCUCGCACACCACCGCCACAGCGAAGUCGUCAGAAGGUCGUUCUUUGAGAGCGCGCUGCCGCUGAUGCUGGACAAUGAGGAAACCGUCAGAACCAAGUGCACGAGCAUCGUUGCAUCAGUUCUGCUUGACGGCGUGUUGGAGGAAACGAGUGAUCUCACAGACAGCCUCCUCGAGUGGCUUGCAGAGCACCCGGAGUACAGGCGGUAUGUGCAGCGUGGCUGUGCAGACUGGCAGCGCAACAAGCAAAUCACCUCCAAGCACAUCAAAGCCCUCUUUAGCAGGGUGGACAACGGAAAGACGGCUGCGUGGUCAUUUCUUUCGAUUGUGGCGACGCAGGGUGGCAUGCUGGUAGACCCUGCGUUGGUGUACAAGUAUUGGAGCGAGAGCGUGCUGGAAAACACGUCCGUUUCCAGCGUGAUCCUGACCAUUCUAAACGCCGUCGGUGAUCGCAUGACGCAACAGCAGCGGUCCUCCCUCACAGGCCAACUCAAGCGCCACGUGCUCGGUUUCUCGCUGCCACCGCCUCUCAUCGCGAUUGCCAUGGCCACAAUCACCAAGUUUGAUGCUCUGGACAACAACAGCAAGGAAGGCCUGGCAAAGCCCUCUGUUGAAUUUUGCCGGCAGGUGCUGCACAAGUGCCGGGAUUGCAUCACGACGACGCAGUCGCAGUCACCGGACGAAACAGCCGCUGCCCGCCACAUCUUCACCCUUGGCGAGGCUGCCAUGGUGUGUCCACAGAGCGUGGAUGACGCGCUUGUUCUUCCGCUCCAAGCAAUCAUCGCCCGCGCAGACAAGGAACGCAACCCCAUUUUGCGCGCACACGCGUAUCUCGCGCUCGGCAAGGUUUGCCUGCAGCGAGAGGAGCUGGCCAAGACGUGGAUCUCAUCCAUGGCGCGGGAGCUCGACGAGUGUCCAGAUGCCGCCGUUAGAAACAACAUCGUUGUCAUCAUGGCCGAUCUCUGCAUCAGGUACACAACGUUUGUGGAGCGGUACAUCCCGACGCUGGCCGGCUGUCUUCGCGAUGAGUCACCACUCGUCCGUCGCCAGGCUCUCAUGCUCCUCACACGGCUGUUGACUGAGGAUUACAUCAAGCUGAAGGGCGUGCUGUUCUUCCGUCUGCUUGUCACCCUCGUUGAUGAUGAUAUGCAAGUCAGGAACCUUGCCAACUUCUGCCUCAUUCAUCUCCUCUUCGCCCGCGACCCAACCAUCUUCCGCGCGCACUUUGUUGAGGCUGUGUAUCACCUCAACGACCACCGCCAGCACCCGACCUACAACCGCCUCCCCCAAUCCGACGCAGAUCGUGCCCGCUUCAACUUCACCGGUGUUGAGAACCGGACCAAGCGCGAGUACAUGUAUCGCAUAAUGCUGCAGCACUGCACUGAUGUCGACAGGCUCAACAUCACACAGGACCUGUGCCAGGGUGUGCUGAACGCCGUUGCAGAUGAAGAGCUCGAGUUGAACUCUGAAAUGCAGAAUGUUCUCACGGACGCCCUCCUCAUUCUCUCGUCAAAGGACAUCAAGCUUGGCAAAGCGACAGACACAAGCGGCGACCUGGAGGACGAAGAGGACAAAGCAUCCGGAAAGGCAGCUGUCAAGGCCCAGCUCAUUUCAAAGAUUGCGAAGAAGAACCUCGUGCAGAACAUACUGCCGAUUGUUGUGCAGCUGAAGAAUGCGCUGGACCGCAAACGCUCGCCGCUCCAGCGAAACAUCAUGCUCUACCUGCGCGAAGUGAUGGCCGACCACAGGGACGAGGUUGAAGAGUUGCUGAGUGCAAACCAGCAGCUUGCACGCGAGAUCAAGUUUGACCUGGAGCAGUUUGAGAAGGAAGCUCGCAGCCGCCGCGUGUCUGUCAUGUCGCUUGCUGCCACGCCGUCUCGCAUGACACCGCGUCUUCGCUCGGCCUCCACCGCACCGUCACCGUUCCUUGCGGGCAUGGACACGCCAAACUUCAAGGCACCACGUCUCCGCACACAGCAGUCUGGCCUGCGCCGACAGAGCCGCUCCGACCCUGCGCGUACCCCGCUUCGCAGCAGCACCUCUGCAGCCGCGUUCACGCCAGUCGCCAUGCGUGGUGAGCGCGGUCGUGGCGCCACUGCCGGCAUGACCACGCCGCUGCGCGCCAAUCCGCUGGCGUGGGUUCGCACCCCGGCCUCGAAGCUCGCGUCCAGUAAGAAGCCAGGUGCUCGCACUGCCUCCACUGCCACAGCAACGGCAGCGCCGGCGGCGAACACAACUGCGGCGACCAAGGCAUUGGGUCGCCUGUCCACAGUUGAUGACGUGGAGACAGACGUGAUUGUUCUGGAGAGCCCAGCGGACAACACCAGGGUGCGCCGCGCCGUGUCAAAAUGGCCGCUGCCACCGCCCGUGUUCAAGACACUGAGCAGCAGCAGCGAUGAUGAUGAUGGACAGGCGAAGAGUGCAAACGCCAACACCACCGCCAUGGAUGAAGAGGAGGAGGUCGACCCACUGCUCUCUGAGACGCCUAUGAAGCGCUCCAAGGAAGUCACUGCCUGAGCCACCGCGUGUGUGCGUGUGUGCUUGUGAACGUUCACAUGUGUGUGCGUGCGUGUGUGCGUGUGUGUCUCUCUCUCUCGUUGAGGAACACACAAUUGCUGCUUUUGUUGAAUUUGAAUUGCCAUGCCUUCCUACCGUUGACUUUCUGCAUUUCUGUUACUGCCUAACUGAGCCAACUACCACCACCACCACCACCACCACCAGCGCGAGAGACACAAUACUGUUCCUAACCUCCCUCGCCCUUGUUUCGUUGUCCUUUUGUCAUCGUGUUGCGUUUUCUGUUGCUGUGUUUUAUUGGAACAACACGCUCUUCCUUCCCUUCUCGCGUUCUCUCUGUUUGAGGCAUCAAUGGGUUUUGAUGGGCCAUGUAGAUGCUGGUGCUGCCGUUUGUGUUUGUAGAAGUGAAUGUACGACAGAACCA